AUGGUCGGUACUUUUCCAGCCUUUUCUCGUGACAAUCCAACAUACGAUACAUUCUUCAAGAUGGCUCAUCAUUUAACCGAUUGCUCAUGCUAUGGAAUUGAGGAUAAUGCUAAAGGAAUCUCGGAGGUCAAAUUCGUACUAAACCCGACUUUAGAUGCUAAAAUGGAUCACCAGAAGCAAUCAGACGAACAUAACGAGCAACAAUCGGCAACGCUUACUGAGAAAUAUCCUCCUCAAGAGAUUUUAACUGACUUACACAAACUUCUUGAAUGGGCUGACGAAGUCUGCACUCCCUACGUUCGAGAGUUGACUUUCACCAAUGCCGAGGAGAUCACUGAACCCCGUCUUCCUUUACUCAUUCUCUUCUAUCCUCCUGGGGAUAAGGACAAUGGCUCGACUUCCUACAUUCAUCGUUUCACUACUCUAAUGGAACAACAUUUAACCAAUUAUAGCAGAAAAAUAGUGCCUUUAAUUGCUGAUGGUGAUGUCUUCUCUCAUCCCCUGAAUCACAUGGGUAAGACACCGAACGAUUUGCCCAUUAUUGCCAUUGACUCCUUCCAACACAUGUUCCUCUACUCCGGUGAAAUGGAGGCCGCUCUGCAAGAUCCCAGGCAUAUAAAUAACUUCCUUUUGGACCUCCUGUCAGAUAAACUCCAUCGACAAUUCCACGGUGUACCUGAACCAGAUGUGGUAAGUAUUUGGGCGCAAAGUUCUUUGAGAAAAAACGCCAGUACCUCAACAGGUAGGUCUUCUUACCGCAUUUCGAAGCCCAUGACGAAUGCUCGUGUCCUGGAUAAUGAUGAUGGAGAUAAAGAAGCCCCACGGGAAUCUGUUUUCAAGCUGCUGAUACCAUCUAGAAAUCGUUAUACGUUACUCAAGGACGAGCUGUGA